CAUAGUUCCUUGUCUCCCUCAGAAACCACACACAGACAGCACCCACACUGCGUGAUCUAUAUACGUAUACCUCUACACAGAGAGAUGAUUGACGACGACACCUCACCAUAUUAUCUCAAAAGACACACUCACACACUGAUAAAACCUCCUCACAUGAUCGCUACCAAUUCUCUAUGGCUUCUUUACAGUUCCUCCAAUUACCAGCUCACUCCUCCCAAUUUAACGAUCUCCUCACCGGAUAUUCACUUCUCCGAUCGCGUCUGGAGGCAUCCGAUUCGAAAAAUGCGUUGCUAGUUUUGCGGAGUUCGCUAAGGUUGCGUAGAAGCUACGGUGAAGCUCUCCGGCCAGUGCCGGUGAGAGUUAAGUGUUUUUCGAAUUCCACGGAGGAAAAAGAGGCUGAGGUUGUCAGUAACGAAGGUAAUGAUGAGAAUAAUGUCGGGAACCAACUGGAUUUGGCAAGGCAGGAUUUGCCGAAUGGUUCCGCCAAUUCGCAGAGGAUUGUUACAUCCACAGGGGAUUCACUCUCCCUUGGGAUCCGCGAACCUGUUUAUGAGGUGGUGGAAGUGAAGUUAAAUGGGAUGGUAUCUACACGGAAAAUAAACAGACGGCACUUGCUGAAGUCAAGUGGUCUUCGUCCUCGGGAUGUUAGAAGUGUCGAUCCAUCAUUGUGGUUGACAAACACAAUGCCUUCUUUGUUGGUUCGCGAGCAUGCAAUUCUCUUGAACUUGGGCUCCUUACGGGCAAUAGUGAUGCAAGAAAGUGUUUUAAUUUUUAACUAUAACCGUAAAGGAGGAAAAGCUUUCAUUGAUGCAUUAUUGCCUCGCUUAAACCCUAAAAACAUGAGUGGAGGACCAUCAAUGCCAUUUGUGCUUGAGGUGGUUGAAGCAGCCUUGCAUUCUCGAAUACAGCGAUUGGAGCAUAGACUAAUGGAUUUAGAACCACGUGUCCAAUCUUUACUGGAGGUUUUGCCAAACCGAUUAACUGCUGAUAUGUUGGAGCAACUUCGUAUUAGCAAGCAUACAUUGGUUGAACUGGGUUCAAGGGCUGGGGCUCUCAAGCAAAUGCUUCUUGAUAUUCUUGAGGAUACUCCAGAAAUAAGACGUAUAUGCAUCAUGGGAAGAAAUUGCACCCUUAACAAAGAAAAUAGUGAAAUGGAAUGUUCUGUUCCUCUGGAGAAACAGAUCGCUGAAGAGGAGGAGGAAGAAAUUGAGAUGCUUUUGGAAAACUAUCUGCAACGAUGUGAAUCUUGUGAUGGUCAAGCCGAGAGGCUUCUUGACUCUGCAAAAGAAAUGGAAGACUCAAUUGCUGUUAACCUAAGCUCCCGGAGGCUUGAGGUGAGCAGAGUCGAGCUUCUUCUUCAGGUUGGCGCAUUCUGUGUUGCAGUUGGUGCUCUAGUUGCUGGUAUAUUUGGCAUGAACUUGAAAUCGUAUCUUGAAGAGCAUGUGUUUGCAUUUUGGCUAACAACAGCCGGGAUCAUAGUUGGCGCUAUUGUGGGCUUUUUCCUCACGUAUUGGUAUCUAAGGGCAAGGAAAAUCCUGUAGACAUUAAAGUUUUUCUUAUGUCAAGCAAUCGAGUAUGAAAGUCAACUCGGAAAGAUAAAAUGCUUUGUGCUACUACGAUAAGUUAUAAGACCACUGUGGAGAUUGGUUUGUACUUGUGAUGCAUACAAAGUUGCAAACCAAGUGCGAAGUAUGAGAGUGGACGAGAAGGCUGCAUUGCAGUAUAGCGUUGUUCGACACUUCCAACUGUUUCCAGACAAAUUGUCAAACUAAUGGAGGUGGAUUUCCAUAAAGACUUGAAGUUAGGGUUAUGGAUGAAAAGAAUUCAGCUUCAGCAAUCAUACUUGCAAUAGUCAUAGAUUCUAGUAAUAUUUUGACAAAAACAUUUGUACAGAUAAUUCGUUCAUGGAUCUGUCUUCCCUUCUAACGU